GCGAUGGCGCUGAAGAUGGUGAAGGGCAGCAUCGACCGCAUGUUCGACAAGAACCUGCAGGACCUGGUGCGGGGCAUCCGCAACCACAAGGAGGACGAGGCAAAGUACAUCUCCCACUGCAUCGAUGAGAUCAAACAGGAGCUCAAGCAGGAUAACAUUGCAGUGAAAGCAAAUGCAGUUUGCAAACUUACAUAUUUACAGAUGCUGGGCUAUGACAUCAGUUGGGCUGCAUUCAAUAUUAUUGAAGUAAUGAGUGCAUCAAAGUUUACAUUCAAAAGAAUUGGUUACCUAGCUGCCUCUCAGUGCUUUCAUGAAGGGACUGAUGUAAUUAUGCUGACUACCAAUCAGAUUAGAAAGGAUCUGAGUAGCCCUAACCAGUAUGAUACUGGAGUAGCACUGACUGGUUUGUCCUGUUUUGUUACUCCAGAUCUUGCCAGAGACUUGGCAAAUGACAUCAUGACUCUGAUGUCUCACACAAAGCCUUAUAUCAGGAAGAAGGCAGUGUUAAUCAUGUACAAAGUGUUUUUGAAGUACCCUGAGUCCCUCCGUCCUGCAUUCCCUCGCCUUAAAGAGAAACUGGAAGAUCCAGACCCUGGUGUCCAGUCUGCGGCAGUAAAUGUUAUUUGUGAGCUGGCCAGACGCAAUCCCAAGAACUACCUUUCCCUUGCUCCGCUCUUUUUUAAAUUGAUGACGUCUUCAACCAAUAAUUGGGUCCUCAUUAAAAUUAUAAAGUUGUUUGGUGCUCUUACUCCAUUAGAACCUAGGCUGGGAAAGAAAUUGAUUGAGCCACUUACCAAUCUCAUACAUAGCACCUCAGCCAUGUCUCUUCUGUAUGAAUGUGUGAACACAGUGAUAGCAGUUUUGAUCUCUUUAUCCUCUGGGAUGCCCAAUCACAGUGCCAGCAUCCAGCUCUGUGUUCAGAAGUUAAGAAUACUAAUAGAAGAUUCAGAUCAGAACUUGAAGUACCUGGGUUUGUUAGCAAUGUCCAAAAUCCUGAAAACUCAUCCUAAGUCAGUUCAGUCCCACAAGGAUCUCAUUCUCCAGUGUUUGGAUGAUAAGGAUGAAUCCAUCCGACUCAGAGCUUUAGAUCUCCUAUAUGGCAUGGUGUCCAAAAAGAACUUGAUGGAGAUAGUGAAGAAACUGAUGAUUCAUGUGGACAAAGCGGAAGGGACAACCUACAGAGAUGAAUUGCUGACCAAAAUCAUAGACAUAUGUAGCCAAUCCAACUACCAAUACAUCACAAACUUUGAAUGGUACAUAAGCAUCCUGGUGGAACUGACCCGGUUGGAAGGUACUCGGCACGGCCACCUUAUAGCAGCUCAGAUGCUGGAUGUAGCUAUCAGGGUUAAAGCCAUUCGUAAGUUUGCCGUUUCCCAGAUGGCUAUGCUCCUGGACAAUGCCCAUCUGAUAGCCAGCAACACUCAGAGGAACGGCAUCUGUGAGGUGCUGUAUGCUGCUGCCUGGAUAUGUGGGGAGUUCUCAGAACACCUUGAGGAAUCAAACCAGACCUUAGAAGCAAUGCUGAGGCCUAAAGUUACCACUCUACCAGGCCACAUCCAGGCAGUUUAUGUCCAGAACAUGGUAAAGCUUUAUGCAUCCAUCCUACAGCAGAAAGAGCAAGCUGGGGAGAAAGAAGCAGCCCAGGAAAUUACCCAGCUGAUGGUCGACCGUUUGCCUCAGUUUGUACAGAGUGCGGAUCUAGAAGUACAAGAGAGGGCUUCUUGCAUUUUGCAACUGAUUAAAUACAUUCAGAAGCUACAAAUAAAAGAGGUGCCUGUAGCCGAGGAAGUGAUAGCCCUGUUUGCAGGCGAACUGAACCCAGUAGCUCCUAAAGCACAGAAAAAAGUCCCAGUUCCGGAAGGUUUGGACCUUGAUACUUGGAUCAAUGAGCCUCCAUCAGAUAGUGAGUCUGAAGAUGAAAAACCCAAAACAAUUUUCCAUGAUGAGGAGCAAAGGCAUUCCAGACAUAGACAGCCAGAGAUGGAUGAGGAAGAAUUGGCCAGGCGCCGAGAAGUCCGGAAACAGGAACAAGCAAACAAUCCAUUUUAUAUUAAAAGCUCUCCUUCCCCACAGAAGCAAUACCAAGACACCCCAGGUGUGGAGCAUAUACCCGUGGUCCAGAUUGACCUUUCUGUUCCCUUAAAAGUUCCAGGAAUGCCCAUGUCUGACCAGUAUGUGAAACUGGAGGAGGAGCGGAGGCAUAAACAGAAGCUAGAGAAAGACAAGAAAAAGAAAAAACAGAAAAAAGAGAAGAAAGGCAAACAUCGCCGCCAUAACUCCCUGCACACAGAGAGCGAUGAGGACAUUGCCCCAGCUCAGCACGUGGACAUCAUCACGGAGGAGAUGCCAGAGAAUGCGUUGCCCAGUGAUGAGGAUGACAAAGAUCCCAACGAUCCAUAUAAGGCACUUGAUAUCGAUCUGGAUAAACCCUUAGCGGAUAGUGAGAAGCUGCCUGUGCAGAGACACAGAAAUGCUGAGAACCUGAAAUCGCCAGACACAGAAGCUCCCUUAGUAGGAAAAAAGAGCAAGAAACCCAAAAAGAAGGAAAAGAAACACAAAGAAAAAGAGCGAGAGAAAGAAAAGAAGAAAGAGAGAGAAAAAAAGGGAGAAGACUUGGAUUUCUGGCUCUCCACUGCUCCACCUCCGUCCUCCAUUACACAGACACAGAGUGAGCCUGAGGGGAGCACUGUCCUAGCUGAACCUGAGGAGAAUGAAGACGCAAAGAAGGAAGAGCAAGAAGAGGACAACGACGAAGGAAAGAAAUCCUCCAAGCAUAGGAAGAAAAAGCACAAGAAGGAGAAGGAGGAGAAAUCCAAGGACAAAAAGAAAUCCAAGAAGAAGCAUCAUCACGGUGAGGAAGAACCAGCAGAGUCAGUACAGAAUGGAACGCUAGAUGAUGAACCGCUACCGCCUAUGUCCAGUUACUGCCUUCUUGCUGAAAAUUCAUACGUUAAAAUGACGUACGACAUUCAAGGAAACCUCCAGAAUGAUAGUCAAGUCACUGUCUCCGUGAUCUUUGAAAACAAGAGUACUAGCUUCCUGAAAAGCAUGGAAUUAAACGUCCUGGACUCUCUCAACGCUAAAAUGCUGCGGCCAGAAGGGUCGUCGGUACAUGAUGGGAUACCUGUGCCAUUCCAGCUGCCCCCUGGAAUCUCUAACGAAGCCCAGUUUGUGUUUACUCUUCAGAGCAUUGUUAUGGCUCAGAAGCUAAAAGGAACGUUGUCCUUUAUAGUGAAAAACGAUGAAGGUUCAACCCAUGAAAAACUAGAUUUCAAAUUGCACUUCAGUUGCGCUUCAUACUUGAUCACAACGCCUUGCUAUAGUGAUGCUUUCGCCAAGCUUCUGGAGUCUGGAGAUCUGCACAUGAGUUCUAUAAAAGUAGAUGGAAUUAGCAUUUCUUUCCAACAUCUACUAGCAAAGAUUUGUUUUUAUCAUCAUUUUUCAGUUGUGGAACGAGUUGACUCUUGUGCAUCAAUGUACAGUCGUUCUAUCCAAGGUCAUCAUGUCUGCCUACUGGUAAAAAAGGGAGAGAAUUCAGUAUCCGUUGACGGAAAAUGUAAUGAUUCCACCCUGCUGAGCAACUUGCUGGAUGAGAUGAAAGAGACAUUAUCAAAGUGCUGAAU